AUGAUAAGUAGGGAUGAUAUUAUUAUAUACUCUCACCGCAUCGCAGCACUUCACCAUAACCACACGCAGCAGAACCGAACACCUUCCCCCCCCCGCCCCGGGCCGGCCGCCCCGCACGCACGGUUGGGCUCACGUUCUGAAGGCCGCCGGUACGGCCGCCGGUACCGCCGCCUGCCUCCGCCGCCGCGGGGCGGUGCUUCCCGGCCGUCCUCAGUGCAGCAGGAGAGCGGGGAGGAGAGGAGGUGCCGGCCCGGCACCCCGCCGCUUGCCUCGGCCCGCGCAAGCCGCUCCGGUGACUCAGGGGCGGCGCGGGCGGGAUGGCCGCAGCGCUACGGCGGCGCCGCCGUACCCCGCUUCCUGCGGGGCGUCCCUCCGCUUCCUCCCGGCAGGCCCCGGUUUGUAGUUCGGGGUCCUGCCGCGGGCGGGGAGCUCCCCCUCAGCAGCCCGGCUCCUGCAGCCCCUGCUGUCACACCGGAGCGGCGUAUCGCCGCGGCUCGGGCCGGGCCGCCCCCUCAGCCCCGUAGCGAGGGCUGCCGCGGCAGCUGCUCCGGGAGCACCGAGCAUCAUAACCGGGAUGCGGAAACCGGAAUUAACGUGUCCUGUUUAGGUCUAAUAUCAGAUUCCUUUCAUAUGUUUUUUGACUGUACUGCUCUAUUGGCUGGAUUAGCAGCUUCAGUUAUUUCAAAAUGGAGGUCAAACGAUGCCUUCUCAUAUGGGUAUGUUCGGGCAGAAGUACUUGCUGGUUUUGUAAACGGUUUAUUCCUCAUCUUUACAGCAUUCUUUAUUUUUUCUGAAGGUGUUGAGAGAGCACUUGAGCCUCCUGAUGUGCAUCAUGAGAGACUUCUUCCUGUUUCUAUACUAGGAUUCAUUGUAAAUCUUAUAGGAAUAUUUGUUUUUCAACAUGGAGGUCAUGGGCAUUCACAUGGCUCUGGGCAUGAACACAGCCAUUCUCUAUUUAAUGGUGGUCUCAGCCACGGACACAGUCAUGGAGGUCAUGGUCACAGCCAUGAACAUAAACAUGGCCAUGGACACGGUCAUGAUCAUGGCCAUGGCCAUAGCCAUGGGCACUCUCAUGGUCAGGAUUAUUGUCAUGAUGACCAUUCUCUUGAAGGGAUGGCUGGAUCCAGCAAACAGAUUUUACAAGGUGUAUUUCUACACAUUGUUGCAGACACACUUGGAAGUAUUGGUGUAAUCAUAUCUGCUAUACUGAUGCAGAACUAUGGUCUAAUGAUAGCAGAUCCUAUUUGUUCAAUGUUGAUAGCACUACUUAUAGGUGUAAGUAUUGUUCCACUUUUAAAAGAAUCCAUUGGAAUUUUGAUGCAGCGAACUCCUCCUUCACUGGAAAAUGCCCUGCCUCAGUGCUACCAGAGGGUGCAGCAGUUGCAAGGAGUUUACAGUUUACAUGAUCCACACUUUUGGACCCUCUGUACUGAUGUUUACAUAGGGACAUUGAAAUUAUUAGUAGCUCCUGAUGCUGAUGGGAGGUGGAUUCUAAGCCAGACUCACAAUAUUUUUACUCAGGCAGGAGUAAGACAGCUUUACAUACAGAUUGAUGUCGCAGCCAUGUAGUGAACUUCUGAAAUUGUGCUGUUGGACCAAAGUUUUCUGUACUGUAAUGGUGUAACAACGUACUUCUCAAGACAGAGCCUGCUUCCACCACUGUUCUGGGAUUGACUGAAUAUGUUUCUGCCCUUGGGCUAUGGAUGGAGUUCACUUCUAAGGAGUAAAUAUUGAAUGAAUGUUAUGGACUUCGGGUCUUGUCUUUUUGUGGCCCCUAAACUUGUAAGUUUUUGAGGGUUUUUUACUUACUAAGAUUGUGGUACUGGAAACCCUAUCAUGUCUUCAGUAAAGCUGCUGAAACCACUGCUCAUUCCCAUAAAACCAGUGUUAUCAACAAUUGGAAACUUGUUUUGUAGAUAAUGUCACAAUGGCUGACAGGCUUCGAUAUACUUGUAUGUUUCUACAGUUGUUUGUACUUUGCAAACUUAAUGAACCAAACCAUAUUGGGUUUUCAAAGUGCCUUUUAUAUCAGGAGAGGUAUUUGCCAGCAUAAAUUUGGAGCAUCAAAGGGUUUUAUUACUUUUACAAAUAUCUUGUAUGCAGUCUGAUUAAUUACUAGUGAUGUAUGUGGGGGGUUUGUGUACUUGCGUAGCUGUAGAUGUUAGACUUCCCUUGUACUUGCAUCUUACCAAACAGAGAGAAAAAUUCUAAAUGUAAAAAGCAAGGGUAUUGUGAAGAGACUUCCUUCCAAAGCAAGCUGGAUGUUUUAUUGCAUAUUUCUUGUGGAAAUUAUUUUAGUCAAAAUAAUAGAUUUAGCUCCAAUUCUUCGUCUCUUCAUACUGUUGAGAGUGAUGAGAUGUUACAUGAUUCUACUCAUCUUCACAGUCAUGUGAGACAACAGGCAGCUGAGGGAAGAUGCUGGUGAUGGAAGCAACGUUUGACGUUUUUUAUCUUCCAAAUUAUGUGUUGGCAAAAAUUAAAUCCCUAAAUUGUUUGUGAAAGCUCACAUCUCCUCAAUUUUAAUAGCUUGUAAUAAUUUUUAUUAAAGUGAUUGGUGAGGUAACUUUUGCCUUUCCAAAUACUGAAGAUAGUUGUUCUGAGUGGUUACACCUGAAAUGGAAAUAAGGACCAUUGUUCAUGCUAUUUAAAAUUAUUUUUUUUCCUGGUUGACAAGUCCAACAUUUUUGACUCUCUUACUGUAGUUUUAUGUGUUUUCAUGGGGGGAAAAAAAAAAUUCUCAGUGUAGUAAGUUGGGUUUUUUUACAGAAACAUUGAUCUGUCAUAUUUUUCUAGCAUUUAUAAUCAUUUUACGCUUUCAGAUCUGAACAUUUUUUUCAAAGACAAUCUGCUGUCCUUGGUGUUAUAGAUGAUAAUUCCACUGUGCUUGUAGUAGUUAACUUAGUAAUGGAAGAUUUUAUAAAGGGACAUUUUACAAACACAACAUUGUGGAGUAAAAAACAAGACAGACAUUUUUCUGAUAAAUCAUAGCUGUUAGUAACUGGUAUGGAUUUAAAGUAUUCUGGUACGUGGUAAUACUAAAACCAAGGCCCUCUGAAGCUGACAAUGUCUGCGUAGUAAGUGCUAGGCACUCUGAACCUACCGAAGAUUUAUUUGCAGAAGUGGUUUGCUUGCCUCUGCUGAAUUCAUGACAGAGAUGACGAGUUUCUUGCGUUCAUACUUCAUGUUGUUCCUAUGUAGCACCCGAAUUUUGAUCUCGUUUGAUGUGAAAGCACGACGGUUGCCAAAUUGAUAGGUGAUUCCUGAUUUUUCCAGCUGAGAUAUUAAAACCUGAAUGUUGAUUUUAUACAAAGCUUGGCAUUGUACUCUUGUGCUUGGAACUGAAAACUGAGUGCAAAGAAAAACAGCAGUAAAAAGCCACGUACAUAUUGCUUUUAAGCUUUACAGACUGUUCCAGCCUUCAGCUCCUCCUUUCUCUCUGUGGCUGGUUCCUGCGGGCGUUGGGUUCUCCCGGGCUGUGGGUGCAGAGUGCCCUCUCAGCUGGCUGCCCCCUUCCACAGCUCUCUCUCCUGGCUUCCCAUUGGGCUCUCUCCCUGUCUCACCUCACCGGUGCUCCGCUGCCCCGAGGUGCGGGCUGGGGGACAGGAUCUGAGAGUUACAGGGCACAGGGUAGGGUGCAAGAACCUCUUGAGCAGAUCUGAGUACCAUUGGCAUGUGUUUGUAGAAAAGGUAAUUAAAAUAUGGUUGAUUAUAGGGUGGGGAUGCCUCGGUUUUUUUGUAGUAUGUUACAUAUUGAUUGCUUCUUGUUGGUUGACAGCAUGAUUUCUUGAUUUAUUUUUUUUUAUAGUUAAUAUUACUAUAUUUGAAGCUAGAGAAGAUCAGCUGAUAUCCCUUUGAAAGCAGGCACUGGCCAACUUCAUUGCAAUUUUGUCACGAUCCAAGAGCAGGCUUUGGUUUAUAUCACUUUUAUACUACCAUGUUUCAGGACUGAGUAUUCCUGGACUUGCUGAAGUACCGUGGUGCUGCCCAAGUUGCUGGACUUGGCCACUAUUUUAGUUUUCUUAAUGAAAAUACAAGUGCUACAGUUUGUUUCCAAGUCAGAAUCUGCCUGAGUGACAAUUGGGUUGGUUUGUUGUUUUGUUGUUUUUUGGUGUUUUGUUUUUUUUUUAAGAUGUACAUCUACCAACUUUUAAUAUGUGGUAAAUAGAGUGAAAAAGCCUAUAAGCUGGUUAUAAUUACAAAAUAUUGGUUUUAAUAAUUUUUUACAUCUUUUUGUUGCUUAUGAGUACUCAGCUGACUGUUGGAAGGAUACGUACAAGUCUGAGUUUCCUAACCAAGAUGGCAACUUCUUCAUUAUUUUUAAGGACAACUUGACAGUUUUACAGUAAGAAAUGUAUCAUUUGUUUGUUAAAUACACAAUUGAGGAUAGUGUAGGGAAGUCAGAUUCAAAGCAGGCUUUAAGCCUUUUUAGGCUGUCUGAAAAAGGGUAAGCGUCACACAAUUCUAUGAAAGACAGUAGGUGAGGUAUCCAGUAGGUAACUACAGUCACAUCUAGUACCUCAGUAAACAGCAUGACAUCUGAUUUAGUUUUUUUCACCUACUAAGGGGAUAUUUGCUCAGGUUUUAGGAGAGUAUAAAUCAUGCAAUUGGAAGUGUAGCUUUUCUUAAUCCUGAGAGUCAAAGCUUCAUUAUUUUGUGUUUUGCUAAUUAGCUAACACUUUGCUUAUUAUGUAACAGUUUGCUUUUAAGACUUUAUUGGAGAUGCAUCACAUCAUUUAAACAAAGAUUUGUGUGAAUGACAUCCAGAGCUUGGAUGAAUGUCUGCAGAACAUCUGCUGAAACUCAGCUUCCUGGACUCCAGUACUGAAUUUUGAACCAAGUUUUCAAAGUCUGAUUUUUCUCAUGUUUUCGUGUAGCUGAAGCUUACUGUGGGGUGACUGGUCUGUCUUACUGUGGUUUAUUUUUCUGUCACUAAAACCAGUAACUUACAACCAUAUUGUCCCAAUGACCGAGCCUGCAAACUGCAUGAUUUUGACAGGACCUACAGCAAAAUCAGAAGAUAAAAACAAGUGCUACAGAGUGUCUGUACUAAAACGCCCCAAAUGUUUGUCAUGGUAAAUAACAGUGGAAGUAGUUUUCCUACUCUUAAGAGUAUGCACAGUGAAGACCAGUCCUUCGUAAACUAAUCCUAUAAUUCUGUAUAUACUUACAGGUUAGCCUUGUUCCUUACAUUGACAGGGCCCCUACAGAGAGCUGGAUUACUUGUGCAAUUUGCUGAACUAAGGCAAAAAGUGCUGGUCCAAAUAAAUGACUCUGCUUUUUAUGUAAUUCUGCUUACUAAAACAAAAGUUUAAUUGCAUCAUUAGUAAGAGCUGCUGACACUAUUUUUACAUAAAAAUUGAAACUGCUGCUCCUAAUUAAGAGGACCUUAAGUGACUCUCAGAGUUCCCAAUUUCUUUUUACCUGAAGAAGUAAAGCCGUGUUUAAAGGUGAAGGAAAGAAAGGGGAUCUCCUCUUAACUGUUGUGAGUGAACCUCUUUUGGGAAUAUAAACAAGAUGCAAGAGGGGGAGAGAAGCUGCUGCUGAACUGCAGUUUUCCACCCUUUGCACGCACCGUGCAAUCCAAAUGUGAAGUUCAUGGCUUUUCUCUCUCAGCACAGAUUUCAGUUGCAGAAACCUUCGUGCUUCUAUAAAAUGCAAAUCCUAAUCAGUGCUCGUGUAACAAGAUCUUUAAAUACCAGUUCAGAGCAACAGCUUUAGUUGCUGAUUAAGCCCUGUCCCGUUUUCCCCAGCAGCCAUCAGACUGCCACUACUGUGAUUCUCCAUUAUCCCACCCCCUUUAAGCAUGUUUGGGAAUGAGUAUAAGGGAUUUUCUUUUCUUUUUUUUUUUUUCUUUUCUUUAUAAUCCACGUCUCUGAUCCCUAAUACUGACUCAAUGGUUAAUUCCUUCUUUACACUUCUGUGAAAAUCCCUGUCUGCAACCCGCCGGGAUUCCCUGUUGGAUUUUUCCCCCGUUCAGGCUUUGUUGGGGUGUCCAUCCCUGUUGGGACUUCGUUGGCCAGAGACUGCUCUAAUGUGAAAAGCUGCCAGUUGGGCUUCUGCUGCCCCUGGUGUGUGAGGGCUCCAUGGCUCGCUGGGGGCAAAUACCGCUGCGUCUCCUCUCUCUCAGUGAGCCACAAAAGGUUCCUGCCUGUGUGGUAAUUUGGUGGAAAUAAUGUGUAAAAGGAGUUGUGUAUUUCACUUCCCACGUGCAUUGAGGUCUUUCGUGUGUAUGCUGGGAUCUUGUACAAGAGUUAAAUGAAUCACUACGGUAUUUUGGCUCAAGUGUGAAAUAUUGUGAAUGAAGAAAUUGCCAAAAUCAUUUCUGGCAGCAUACAGCAUAUUGCUUGCAUUCAGCAUAUUGCUUGCCUUUACCUUUCAAUUACAGGAAUUGCUCUUAGCAGUGAGCUUAAGUUGAAUAGUACAAUAUAUCAAAAUACCCAUAAAGAAAUGUUAAUGAUAACACAAGGCAGCUCACUAAAAUUCUGAAGACUAUGUAUGAUUUUGUUCUGGAAUGCUAAUGUUAGUAGCUUAGCCAUGACUUGUCCCAAGUGCAAUAUUAGAAAUUUUUAAUGUAAUCUUUUCUACUUGAAUACAGUCUAUAUAAAAUGUUAAAUGUCCUAUAUUGCUGAAAAGAUAUGGGAUCAAAUUUCUUUCCAAUAAAUCUUCAGUUCAAAAAAAAAA